UCGCUGCAAGAAUCUUGUGCGAGGUAAAAGACCAUCAUCAUGAAGAGUGUGUUCGUCGUUUUAUUGAUUUGUGGCCUAGCCAAAUCGCAAAUUCCCAAUCUAGGCUUCUGCCCCGAGUACCUUCCCAUGCCGGAAUUCGAAAUCGAAAAAUUUUUGGGAAAGUGGUACGAAGCUGAAAGAUAUUUUCAGUUCUCUGAAGUCGCUGCAAGAUGUGUCGUAACGGAUUACGCCAAAGCUGCCAGCGGUAGGAUCUACGUCUCCAACGAAGUCACAAAUAGACUAACCGGAGUUAAACGUGUCAUCGAUGGAAAUUUAGAACUUGCGGGAAAAGCUGGCGAAGGAAAAUUGAACGUCAAAUAUUCGACGACUCCUCUUUCGAGCGAAACGUCAUUGACCGUUUUGGACACAGAUUACGAGACGUACGCGGUCAUGUGGAGUUGUAAUGGUUUUGGACCCAUCCAUACACAGAGUGCAUGGGUGAUGACACGUGAUCGACUUCCAUCUGGGGUUGUUAUGCAACGUGCCUAUGGAGUUUUGGAUAAAUUCAAAAUAAAUAGAACUUUCUUCGUUAAGACAGAUCAAGAAGGAUGUGCUAUAGCAGCUUCCGAUAUUAAUGCUGCUAAUGGAAUUACGGCUACUUCAACAGUUGCCGAAGCUUCAGGCAAUGAACAAAAAAGUAAUUCCGACAAGGAUGAUGACAAAGAGACGAAGAAAUCUCCAGCUGAAGAAGAUAAGAAGGAAGAAGAGCCUACAACAUCUAGUCAAAAGGCAUGAUUUCAGCUGUCAUUCUAAAUCACUGUAAAUAAGUUAUUUAAUUUUUGUAAUUUUUUAAUACGUAAAAUAAUAAAACACAUAUAAUUAUA